AUGCCGCAGGUAUCAAAUUUACCGCAUUCCAAAAUUGCUUAUGAUGGACGAGUGGAAUGGAAUUCAACCAAAUCAAUGGAUGCUACAAUUCAUCAAUUUCGUACUGCUGUACUUAGCGCAAAUGUCAGAGUUAUUAAGCAAAUUCUUAAGGAUUUUCAUAAUUUAACCUCCGGUCAUAUAGAGCGGCUUCUUGCAUUACUCAUUGAUCGAACAUCAGCUGAACCAACCAAAGAAGCAUUGAUGACAGCAAUUUGCAUCGGAAGUCGGCCAUUAGUUGAAUUCAUUUUAUCACUUUUCAUGGAAUAUCCUGGUGAAGAACGCAAUGGGUGUCGGAAAUCGAAGUCAUUCCCAGCUCACAUGACACCACUAAUGCUUGCCUGCAUAUGUAAUAAUUUUUCAAUCGUUCAAUGUUUACUUCUAAGGAAGCAUUAUAUGCAAUUGCCACAUCGACCUGAUUGUUCUUGCGAAGAAUGUUCACGUAGCGCACAUUGCAUGACAAAUAGUGUAAUUUUGCUGGAUACCUAUCGUGCAAUUAGUAGCGAACCAUUCUUAUGGCUUGCAUGCACUGAUCCUCUGCUUGCUGCAUUCAAUCUUGCCACUGAUUUGCAAGUAUGCGAGGAAAUGGAAAAAGAACAUAAGGUGGCGUAUAGAGAUUUACGUCAGAAUGUGAUGACAUUUGCGGUUAAAAUUGCUGAGCAAUGUUGGACUACAGAAGAAAUCCACGUGUUAUUGUCACGUAAAGUUGGAUCACCUUUGGCUGAUUGCGAAUUACAUUUUCCACGUAUUCAAUUAGCUCUAAAAGCUCAUAUGAAACCGUUUUUGUCAUCGUUGGGUGUUCAAGCAACAAUGGAAGAUUGUUGGCGUGGAAUGUGGACAGACAGUGAAACUUUUAAAUGUCAAGAUUUGAGUCGCAAACUUCGGCAUUUCUUAUUCUAUCCGAUAUUAGCAUUACUCCAUGCAGUUAGCGCUGGCGCUUGUAUUAAAACUUUUAAAUAUCCAUUGGCAAGGUAA